GCUGACACCCCCCACCCCCCGGAGCUAAGUCAGCAGCCUGCACAGGCCCUGGAGCUUCCCUGUGGAGCUGGGCUCCAUGCGCGAUCCGGAUGCCCAGGUGAGCCGGCUGCAUCGCCUGGCUGUGGCCAGGUACACCAGCUGGGGCCUGGCCAGACUCCUGCGAAGAGUUGUCCAGGUGGAUGGAGAGAACUCCCAGGGGCAGACAGCACUCUUUCUCUCGGCUCUGCUGGGCCGAUGCUCUGCUGUGCGACUCCUGCUGGACUUUGGUGCCAACCCCAAUCACCGCUGUGUGGAUGGCAGCACACCCGUGCACGCGGGUGCCUUCUCUGGCCGCAGUGCAGUGAUGCUGUGCCUGCUGCAGGCGGGUGGUGACCUGCGUCUGCAUGACCGGCAGGGUCGCACGCCCCAAGAUUGGGCUGAGCAGGGUGGUGCAAAGCACAGCUGGAAGGUGCUGGAGCUGUUGGAGCUGUGCCGAGACCACAUGGCAGCUCUGGUGCAGGGCAGGGCAUUGGCAUCUAAUGCAAUCCUGGGUCAGCUGCAGGCCUGCUCUGGGCGUGGUCUGUGUGGCGCCCUGUGCUCACUGCCAGGAUUACAGGCAGACAGGACACUGAGACCAGGACACAUUAGCAGAUCCCCUCAAGCCUCAGUCCUGGGGUUUGGCCAGCUGAGCAGCCUGCGGCCCCUGGCACUAGCAAUGGGCAUUCCCCUGGUGGACGCCCAGGAGCUGCUGCCAGCCCAGGGUGAGCCAGACUACACCUACGAGAACAGCUCCUGCACUCUCAUGACCAACCUCCUCUGGAGGGGCCACCCCAUGACCGUGCGUCAGUUGAAGCCCCCAGAAACCCAGCCUGACGUGCUGCUAGCUGACCUCCAGUGCUGCAGUGCCCUGCACCAUCCCAGCCUGCUGCUGCUGCUGGCCCUGAGCCUCUCGGCAGACCUGUCAGGGCUGUGCCUCCUCUUCGAGCCCGUGUGCCUGGGCUCCCUCUAUGUUGUGUUGCACCAGCCAAGAUCAAGUGAGCAAAGAUGGCAGCCUGGGUCAGACCUGCAGCCCGGGCCCCUGCUGCUGCAAGUUCUGGAGGCCCUGCUGUUCCUGCAGGCCCGCCGCUGGGCCCAUGGCGGCCUCAGCUCCCACGCUGUACAGCUGGUGCGGCCAGGGCUGGCAAAGGUGGGCAAUCUGGAGCAUGGGCGCCCUCUGCACCCAUCCUGGCUACAUCUCAGGUCACAACAUGGCUACCUUCCCGGAGGCCCGGGGCCGGGGCCUCCCCCACCUCCUGAACUGUACCCAUGGCUGCCCCUCGAGCUGAUCCAUAGCGAUGUACCUGCUGCCACCUCAGACCUCUACAGCUUCUGCAUUCUGACCCAGGAGGUCUUCACUGGACAGCUACCCUGGGCUGGGAGAGCGGGUCUGGAAGUGAAGGCUAAACUGGAGGCUGGUGAGAGCCCAGGCCUGGACCCCCUGGUACCAGCCCCCUACCAGGCCAUGGUUGAGGCCGGGCUGGGCCUCAGACCUGCUGACCGCUGGGGCAGUUUGCAAAGUACCCGCUACCUGCUGCGGAAGGCCAUAGCCCAGGAUGUAGCCCCUGAGGUCAGCUCCCCCAGGAAGUGGACAGUGUCCCCUGGAUCUCCAUGCUGCCCACCAGAGAACCUGUACUUUGAGACAGUGCCCAAAGCCAGGCUGGUGCCCCAAGGCCUUGUCCCACCCCAGGCGCUGGACACUCCUGAGUUCUCAGAUCACAGUGGGGGCCUGGCGGUCACAGACUGGGACUCAGGCAGCAGCCUGACUCUAAGCAGCGGAUGCAGUCUCAAUGCCAGCGUUCACACAGACUCCAGCCAGGGCCCUACAGCCCUCGUCAGCCCACGCUGCUGCCAGGGCCCCAGCCCCACCAUGUGGGCACCCCGGUGCCUGCUGUCAUGGGUGACUUCUGACCCCAGGGGUCCCCUGACCAGAGACCCCCUCAGGGACUCUCCUCCCUCACUAACCUGUGUACUCAGCCACCCCUGCCCCCUCCAGGGCCCGGCCCUGCCCUGCUGUUCUCAGGCCACCGCCGUUAACUGGUGGGGAUGCCCGGCUCUGUGGAACAGUUUGGCCGAAAGUUCUCAGUCAGGAUGUGAGUUCUGCCGGGGCUGCUGCUGCACGCUCAGCGCCGACACGCAGGUCCCCCAGCCCCAUGAGCCCACCCUGCCUGCUGACCCUCAGGAAGGCUGUCCACACCCCGUGGGGCAGGCGCCCAGCACUGAGCCAAUGGGAGGAGGCUCCUCCUCCAGCCUGCAGAAGACGGACCUGCUGGACGAGAGCCUGACGGAGCUGCCCUGCCGAUGCCUCUUGGGAGAUCAGCCCAGCCUUGGUGCCACAACCCCUGGUUCAGAUUCCUAGGGUACCCAUGAUAUUGCCCCUGGAACCUUCCAGAAGGGGACAAGCCCCACCCCCAUACCUGUC